AGAAGGACCAGCAUUUGAUGACGUCAAUGUGGCUGAUCCACACUGCCCCCUAACGGCAGGAAAAUAACAAUGAAAGGAUAUGGCAAAUAAUAGUUUAACAUUUUUUUAAACUAUAAGGUUUUGAUAUAAAGGUCCUACUAUAGAUAAAUUAUAGGAAUGCUAGAGUGGUAAGCUAUAGUUUUUGAAAACCAUGCACUGUAAAAAAUGAUUCGGAGUUUUAGUCUAGUGGACAAAUAAAAUCAUGUCACGUCAAAUUGCAUUGUGUCACAACACAAAACAAUGAGUCGUAACAACUUCAACUUGAAGGAAAAUGGAAAACUUUAAAUUGCGUGUUCAGAUAACAACAAAACAUAGGUUCCAUCAAUUUUCUAUGUAAUGCGCAUGUGCCACAAACUCCUUCAUGAUGACGUACUAUUGUAACGAAGACGUUGAGACAGACGCACUAUCGGCCAUUUUCUUCACACGAGUCGAGAAGUUUCCAGAAAUUAAAGACGAAGAGCCCGCAAUUCAACUGUUAGAGGUGGACUCUUUGGACUGCGGAUAACAAAAUCAUUGCAGGAUCAGUACAGUACAAGCUGAGUUGAAGCACAACUCCAUGGCAAUGAGGUGGUGUUGCAAGAUUUGCAGAUUUUCUUCGCCAAACCAGCGUGUCCUAAUCACACACUACAAGCUGAAACACUGCCAUCAGGCAAGUCACUGUCCACUCCCAUGCAUCUAUAAAGACUGUGUAUGCACAUUUAGGAGUGAACUGUCUCUGAAGAAGCAUUUAACUCGUGACCAUAGUCAGUGUGUUGAAGCCUUCAAAUUGCUUAAAGCAAAAUCAAAUGUGAACUGUGACCUGUGUAAUUUUUCUGAGGUUUGCAGUGUUUCACAAUAUUUUGCACAUCUGAAAACACACAUUCAAAAAAAAGAGUCAGUGAGGUGCCCCUUUCAAGACUGUGGUUUCCAGACCGGUGUGUCCAGCACUUUCCGUGCUCAUAAAAGUAGGAGUCAUCGCCACAGUACUUUAGAAGAUCUUCGAACAGACCUGUAUCAAACUUGCAAUCCUGGUUAUUCAAACCCUGAAAAUGCAGACUCUGAAGCAGAUUCAUUCAGCCUGGAUUGCUCAACAGUAAAUAGUGACAUAGAUGUUCAGGACCUACAGGAUUUGAUAAAACACAAAGUAGCAUCACUAUUAAUUCGCAUGCAAACAACUCUACAUGUCUCAAAGGCCACCACACAGGAAAUUGUAAAUGAGCUUUGCAGUGUUUAUUCUGUUGUGCAAGAGUUCACUCCAAGAAUAAUUGAAAGUGUAUUGGUUAAGCACAAGUGUGUGUUAACCAACGAAUUGACUGCUGCCUUAGCUGAGAUAGUUGAAAAAACAAAUCCCCUAACGUCCCUUUCAAAGAGUGGCCCUUUUGCAACCGAAUACAAAAGAUCUACUUAUUACAAGGACAAGUUCAAAGUAAUUGAGCCAGUUGAGUAUUUUUUGGAAUCGUGCUCCCCAGACAAAUUCGUUUAUAUUUCAAUUUUGGAAGUUUUGACAGAGUUGUUGAACCGAGAUGACAUUGUGGAUAAAAUCCUGCAAGAAAAUGCUAACCACUCUGGUCAGAUUAAAACAUACAGAGAUGGACUGUACUGCAAAGAUAAUCUUUUGCUUUCCUCAGAGAGUUUAAGCAUUGCACUUGGGAUGUAUAUUGAUGACUAUGAGAACAUAAAAAAAGUUAGACUUGAUCCUGUUCCAGAUUCUGUUGAUGGCCUCAAAUUUGAACUUAAAAGCAGGCUCCAGCUGAAAGGCCCUUUUGACCUUCAAUAUGAAGAUGAAGACUUCAAGGAUUUCUGUAAUCUGACGUGUAGCUGA